CCCCACACCCCAGUGCUCCCCACACCAUCUAGAAUCUCCUGCUAUCUGGCCCCGGCGCGCCCAGGCCCCCAACCCGAUGCAGGCCAUCAAGUGUGUGGUGGUGGGCGAUGGAGCCGUGGGGAAGACCUGCCUUCUCAUCAGCUACACCACCAAUGCCUUCCCUGGAGAAUACAUCCCCACCGUGUUUGACAACUAUUCGGCCAAUGUGAUGGUGGACAGCAAACCCGUGAACCUGGGCCUGUGGGACACAGCAGGGCAGGAGGACUAUGACCGCCUGCGACCUCUCUCCUACCCUCAGACGGAUGUCUUUCUCAUCUGCUUCUCCCUCGUCAGCCCUGCCUCCUACGAGAAUGUCCGGGCCAAGUGGUUCCCUGAGGUGAGGCACCACUGCCCGAGCACGCCCAUUAUCCUGGUGGGCACCAAGCUGGACCUGCGGGAUGACAAGGACACCAUUGAGAAGCUGAAGGAGAAGAAGCUCAGUCCUAUCACUUAUCCGCAGGGCCUGGCGCUGGCCAAGGAGAUCGACUCGGUGAAGUACUUGGAGUGCUCGGCGCUCACGCAGCGCGGCCUGAAGACCGUCUUUGACGAGGCCAUCCGAGCUGUCCUUUGUCCCCAGCCCGCCCGCCAGCAGAAACGACCCUGCAGCCUCCUGUAGGGGGUGCGGUAUCCCCUGCAAAAAAGCCCAGUCAGAUGGCUGUGAUCUUCCUACACACACACACACACACACACAC